AUGGACAUAAUGAUCUUCCACGUGCAGUAUGAGGAAGCCGUCAAGUAUCACGUGCAGUAUGAGGAAGCCGUCAAGUAUCACGUGCAGUAUGAGGAAGCCGUCAAGUAUCACGUGCAGUAUGAGGAAGCCGUCAAGUAUCACUAUGAGGAAGCCGUCAAGUAUCACGUGCAGUAUGAGGAAGCCGUCAAGUAUCACGUGCAGUAUGAGGAAGCCGUCAAGUAUCACGUGCAGUAUGAGGAAGCCGUCAAGUAUCACGUGCAGUAUGAGGAAGCCGUCAAGUAUCACGUGCAGUAUGAGGAAGCCGUCAAGUAUCACGUGCAGUAUGAGGAAGCCGUCAAGUAUCACGUGCAGUAUGAGGAAGCCGUCAAGUAUCACGUGCAGUAUGAGGAAGCCGUCAAGUAUCACGUGCAGUAUGAGGAAGCCGUCAAGUAUCACGUGCAGUAUGAGGAAGCCGUCAAGUAUCACGUGCAGUAUGAGGAAGCCGUCAAGUAUCACGUGCAGUAUGAGGAAGCCGUCAAGUAUCACGUGCAGUAUGAGGAAGCCGUCAAGUAUCACGUGCAGUAUGAGGAAGCCGUCAAGUAUCACGUGCAGUAUGAGGAAGCCGUCAAGUAUCACGUGCAGUAUGAGGAAGCCGUCAAGUAUCACGUGCAGUAUGAGGAAGCCGUCAAGUAUCACGUGCAGUAUGAGGAAGCCGUCAAGUAUCACGUGCAGUAUGAGGAAGCCGUCAAGUAUCACGUGCAGUAUGAGGAAGCCGUCAAGUAUCACGUGCAGUAUGAGGAAGCCGUCAAGUAUCACGUGCAGUAUGAGGAAGCCGUCAAGUAUCACGUGCAGUAUGAGGAAGCCGUCAAGUAUCACGUGCAGUAUGAGGAAGCCGUCAAGUAUCACGUGCAGUAUGAGGAAGCCGUCAAGUAUCACGUGCAGUAUGAGGAAGCCGUCAAGUAUCAAAUCAAGAAAUUGUUAUCCCUCUGCUUGUGA